UCAAAGCACGUGCUUAAUUAUCUUUUCAACCCUGACCCCCCUAAAAGUUUCAAAGUUUCAACGUUCAACUACCACACCAAAUUUUCACUUUGACUGCGCUGGUCGCCGUGCACGACACUCUUUAAUCCAUCAAGUAUGCCUAAUCUGCACCGAAUUCGGCCUUAUCAACGUGUUGUAGACAAUGAAAUCAAGACCAACACGGGUUCCAAGGACGCACCUUCGAAGAGCAACGAAAAAGUUUUUUCCGGAAAAUACACAGACGUCCCCGUCCCAAUUCCAGAGACAGGAAUCACUACGAGUAACGAUUUGUCCGCCUUGUCUAAUACUGUAUCCGUAUCUCGCACCACACUAUCUCCUUUCAUCAGUGUAACUCCAGUUUCUCUUGUAAUCCCGACAAUUUUUUCCUCGCUCAGACCCACUACGCUCAAUCUAGUAUCCAGCCCUUACCCUACUACCGAGGUUUCCUUGUCAACAACUUUGCAUUCUACUGUAUCAUCAAUCUCGUCCCCUUCGCCUAGUACAGCUGUUCAUCCUGCAUCAGCACAUAAACUACCCAUGACUGUCGUUGCCGUUCUCGCCGUGGGCUCAGCAUUCUUCCUGCUAGGUAUUUUCAUUGUUAUCAAGGCUUGCACGCGCCCAGCGCGUCCUACCCGACCAAAACCGUCUUUGCCAAUUCUAGACGAUGCGUUCGCCGAUGAUGAUCUGUAUAGCCCUACAAAAGUAGAUUCCCCGAUCUUUGGUGGCAAAGAGCGCCUCUCAUCGCAGAAUGAGAGCGGUGCGCCGACUUGGACUUGGACACAAUAUUCUGAAAAUAAACCUGAAGCUGUUCCUCCACUUCCUUACUCCCAAGCUUCAGACUCUGAUUCACGCCGUGGUGCUACUCCGCAUGCACCAAACCCCAUCUCUCCGGGUGAAAUGAUUGGUCCAAGCGAUUUUCUAUUUCCUCGUCCACCCCCGUCUCAAAGUGUCCCCACUACGCUAAUAUCGAAUACUUCUCAUUUUGGAAUACCCGGUGUCUUGGCUACCGCCGCCAGUAGAUUCUCGAUUGCACGUUCCGUGUCUGUAUACCCAGCCUCCCCAGUGACACCCGCAGUCGACGGGAGGAACUACACUGCGGAUGGACAUCCUAUCAUGAAACGCAGCUCUAAGCUAGGUUUACGAAGAAGCCGCAGCGAUAUGACUGAAGUAACUAGUCGAUUAUCAAGGGAUUCUCUUGCGUAUGACGGAGCGGACCUCAAAUCACCUCAAUUCCUGGCUCAUUCCCAGUCUGAAGCUCCUACUGUGCCUGUAGGUAGAACUCGUAUUAAGUCGUCAUAUUAUACGCCAGGAUCGUAUCCCCGGAUGUCAUCUCUUCCUUCUUCCACAUCCACGAAAACAAAAGCCGAUGAUAUCAUCGAAUUCAAUAUCCAAGAAUUGCCGCCUAUCCGGACAAAUUCACGCAAGGACAGGGAUACGGAAGCGCUCACAUCUGCUCUGGGCUUAGCCUCUCCACUCAUGGAGACGAUCGCGCUAUCUCCAGUACAGACCCUCUAUCCUGACGACUCAUUGUCUGUGGUUGACGUGAAGAGGAUGCCCAGUCACAAGCACAGCAAGAAACCCGCAAUAGUGGAUACCAGCACUGCCUUGGGAAGUUUGAUGUUGGUGGAUUUCGGGACCACGGUAUCAGGACUCGCUGCGCGCUUAGGAGAUUCCAUUGAAUUCAGCUCCAGCAAGAAAGUCCCACUCCAGACCCAACACGAUAUGCCUCCUCGUGUUCCUUCACCUCCGCAUCUUCCUUCGCUAGCGCAGAUGGGGCUGGAACAUGCCAACCCGGAAGCAUACGCUGAAUAUAGAAGCCCGACGUAUAGUAUAUUUGGUCUCUAUGGUGAAGAUAGAAAGAGUCGUUUGAGUAUGCAUAGCAAGACAGGAUAGGCAAAUACUACAGGCCAAUACAUGACAUUAUUGAUACCUUAGCCUAAUACAAAUUUGUAUAAUAGCUGUCCUUGAUCUGAUGAUGGAAGUAUUUGGG